ACGCAGAAGAAGACUGUGGAAAUCGGACCGGUCGUUGUGUCAGAAAUAUGGCGGCUUUCAGUAAAUAUCUGACUGCUAGGAACUCUUCCAUAGCGGGCAGCAUUUUGUUUGUGCUGGUCCUGCUGAAGCACAGGAAACGGACGCGCACAUCAAAUAGAGGAGGCUCAGAUUUGGUGCUGAACACAGAGAAGGAUGGCAAAAAAGACCGAGCAGCUGUGGACAAGGUGUUCUUCUUCCGAAUCCUCCGGAUUAUACGGAUCUUGGUGCCUCGUGUUUUCUGCAUGGAGACUGGUUACCUUGUUUUUAUCGCUGCCAUGUUGGUUGCCAGGACCUACUGUGAUGUAUGGAUGAUCCAGAAUGGGACCAUGAUCGAAAGUGCAAUUAUUGGUCGUUCGACUAAGGAUUUCAAGAUCUGCUUGUUGAAGUUUAUUGAAUUCAUGCCAAUUGUAAAUAGCCUGGUGAACAACUUCCUGAAGUUUGGUCUCAACGAGUUGAAGCUGAGGUUCCGCGAGAAGCUAACAAAGUGUCUCUACAACCAGUACCUGGAAGGUUUCACUUACUACAAAAUGGGAAACCUAGACAACCGGAUAGCCAAUGCAGACCAACUGCUGACACAGGAUGUGGAGAAAUUCUGCAACAGUGUGGUGGAUCUUUACUCCAAUGUCAGCAAGCCUCUGUUAGAUAUUGGCCUGUACAUCUUCAAACUGACAAGUGCCAUUGGUGCUCAGGGCCCAGCCAUCAUGAUGGUCUACCUGCUGAUCUCAGGUCUGUUCCUGACUAGACUAAGGAGGCCAGUAGGCAAGAUGACAGUCACUGAGCAGCGCUAUGAGGGAGAGUAUCGCUACGUCAACUCUCGCCUCAUCACCAACAGUGAGGAAAUUGCCUUCUACAAUGGAAACACACGGGAAAAACAGACCAUUCACAGCAUUUUCCAGAAACUGGUGAACCAUUUGCAUGAUUUCAUCUUCUUCCGUUUCUCUAUGGGUGUUGUGGACAGCAUAAUUGCUAAGUACUUGGCCACUGUGGUGGGCUACCUGGUGGUUAGUCGGCCAUUUCUGAACUUGUCCCACCCCCGGCACAUGCACAGCACACACUCUGAGCUGCUCGAGGACUACUACCAGAGUGGGAGGAUGCUCCUGAGAAUGUCCCAGGCCCUGGGGAGGAUUGUACUAGCUGGCCGAGAGAUGAGUCGCCUCUCGGGAUUCACAGCUCGUAUCACUGAGCUGAUCAAAGUGCUCAAGGAACUUAAUGCUGGCAAAUAUGAACGCACCAUGGUUUCCCAGCAGGAGAAGGAAGCAGAUGCUGCAGAGAAACUGGUUCUGGUGCCUGGAAGUGGUCAAAUUAUUAACAAAGACCACGUAAUCAAAUUUGAGAAUACUCCACUAGCAACACCAAAUGGAGACAUCUUGAUCAGAAAUCUUACAUUUGAAGUGAAGUCUGGUACCAAUGUUCUUGUGUGUGGACCAAAUGGCUGUGGGAAGAGCUCCCUGUUCAGAGUGCUAGGAGAGCUGUGGCCUCUGUUUGGUGGGCACCUAACAAAACCUGAGAGAGGGAAGCUGUUCUACGUCCCACAGAGGCCUUACAUGACUCUGGGUUCUUUGAGGGACCAAGUCAUUUAUCCUGACACCCAUGAAGAACAGAUGAGGAAAGGCAUCUCUGAUCAGGUGCUUAAGGACUACCUGGACAAUGUUCAGCUUGGUCACAUUCUGGACAGAGAGGGAAGCUGGGAUGUUGUCCAGGACUGGAUGGAUGUUCUCAGUGGAGGGGAAAAGCAGAGGAUGGCUAUGGCCAGACUGUUCUACCACAAGCCCCAGUUUGCUAUUCUGGAUGAGUGCACCAGUGCAGUGAGUGUGGAUGUCGAGGAUUACAUCUACAGCCAUUGCAGGACGGUGGGCAUCACCUUGUUCACUGUGUCUCAUAGAAAGUCCCUGUGGAAGCACCAUGAGUAUUAUCUACACAUGGAUGGGAGAGGAAACUACGAUUUCAAGCCCAUCACAGAAGAAACAGUAGAGUUUGGCUCAUAACCACCUGUUGACAUUGGCCAAAAAUGCACUACUAAUUCAGAAACCAGUCCCUUUUGUGUGUUUGUUUUUGGGGUUUUUUUUCUCCAGGGUGCACUCAUGGCAGGAGUUAUGACUAACAAUCACAGUAGUCUUGUCUAAACAAUAAUUUUUUAACUGCAAAACAACGUGUUGCCAACUUUUUUUACACUAAAAAGUGGACACGUACUGCUGUUGUCACUGUGAUCAUGCAUCAUAACAAUGAAGGGUUUAAUGAUGACCAAGAUAUCAUGUUGUUCUUGGGAGCAUUUCUCACAUGUCCCAGUGAGCGUGAUGCUACUUAGACAUAUUGAAGUGAUUGCCCUGGCUGUCUGGGAGGUUCUCAUUAAACUGUCCACAACUGACUGAAGAGAAGAUUAACUUUUGAUUUACUGAUUUUUAUGAGCUGGUUUAUCUAAGCACUUUUACUGUUUGCUUUGGAUUCACUCACUGUCUGGUAGACUCAGAAUGUUAAAUGAAUAUUUGCAUUUUUGCUUUUGUUUUUGUUUUGUUUUUUUAAAUUAGGAUGCCAGGAUGACAUCUUGCACCCCAUCUGAAGGUGAUGGCACCAGCAAGCGUUUCACAAGCACAGGUUGCUAAAUUUUAAAAUGUAGCCACAGGUUAUGAUACCUCACACAAACUACCUAUCGGGGCAUUUGUGGGGGGAAGAACAUAUUAUGAUGUAACAUGGCAUAUAUAGUGUAUACAUGCUUGCUUGCUGCACCUUGUCAUUUCUGGCCCCCCCCCUUUCCCUCCUCCUUUAAGUCACAUGGUAAAACCCCCUUGUAUGUUUCAUGAAAUUAAAGCAUGUGUGUCUGUAGCUGCAGGAAAAAGCUAUUGAGGAAUCUCUAAGCAAAGGGCUUAUGGUUUUUCAAGGCAUCCUAAUUCAUGACAAUUUAAAGUUAACAGUGCUGUCACAGGCAGUUAACGUGUAGUUUUAAAUUUCAUAACUAAUUUCCAUUAAUGACAAUUUUAGAUUGCAUAGGUGGUGGGAUUGAAAAGGUGCAGUAUUUGUCUUGUCUUGUUUUUUUGGGUUUUUUUUUUUUUUUUGCUCUUCUCCUCACCCCCCCUCUCAUUGGUACAUAAAUAUGCAGAUGUAAUGGUGAAUGACAGCCUCUUCCUUAGAUCACAUGGGUUACACAGACUAAAUCCCUCUCCAGCCCUCAAUGCCAUUUUUUCAUUACCUGUGUCAAUAAUGUACUUUAUACUAAUGUUUUAAAAAUGUAAAGAGGAGCCUUAACUGUAUUGGUUAGUUUUCUAUAAUUGUUAUGAUCUUGCUUUGCAUUAAUGAAAUAAAAAGUUGUAGAGACUAUA